CAAAUAAAAAAUCUAAAAAUACAUAAAAGUACGUCGUGAUUAUGUUCUACGUGAAGUUGUUAAAAUUCUGUCAUUGUGUUAUGUCAUUUUCAAAAUCGUUGGUUUUUUUUCAUUAAUUUCCUCAUUUCUUUCGAAAAAAUUCGAUUACACAAAUCUCAUCAAUUAACAUAAAGUUUUCAUCAAUAUCUUCGAACUAAUCUAAAAAAAAAAAAUUCCAACCUCAAAAGAUUAUCAUUGCCAAACACUGUUAUCACUUUGGCACCUUAAACUGUCAAUUUCUUAACAAUUUUCUAUUUGUGCAAGUCAGUACACGGUAAACACUGCGCUUUUUUAUUAGUUAUUUAAUCUUUAUCUCUUGGAUCAUUAUAUCUAAAAAUAACACUUAAAACAUGGUUGGUGAAACUAACGUGGAAGAAAUUGUGUUAAACACUUCGGAGAAGGAGAUGAAAGGUGAUGGUGAAGACGUUACCAAUGGAAUUGGAGUUGGAAAUGAAGCGGUUAUAAAAGAAAAAGUCGUGGAUGAAGGUGUUCAAGUUAAAAAGGAUGAUGAGGUGAAAGAAAUUACGGUGGCAAAGGAUGAUGAAGAUGAAGAAGAUGGAGAUAAAUGGGAAGAUGUGUUGGGAAGUGGGAGUAUUUUGAAAAGGGUGAUAAAAAAGGGCGAAAAUGAUUUGAAACCACAAAAGUAUCAUGUUUGUAAAAUUAAUUAUGUUUGCAAGUUGGAAAAUGGAUUGGAAGUGGAGCGUGAGGAAAAUUUUUUAAUGCAAGUUGAUGGCUGCGAUGUUGUUCAAGGUUUAGAUUUAUCAAUUGCAAUGAUGAAUGUAGGAGAAAUUUGUGAACUUAAAAUCCAACCCAGAUUAGCGUUUGGUGCAAAAGGCCUGCCCCCUUUAAUACCACCUAAUACAACAGUCAUUUAUGAAGUCGCUUUAUUAUCAAUAGUAGAAGAAGAAACUGAUAAUCUUUCUGUAGCUGAUAGAAAAGAAAGAGGUAACAACAAACGAAAAAGAGGUAAUUGGUGGUAUGGAAGAGGUGAAAACAUGUUAGCAAUCCAAUGUUAUCGAAGAGCAUUAGAUUAUUUAGAUGAAUUAGAAGGUGGAAUUAAAGACCCCAAUUCUAGUGAUAAUGAAAUAUCUGAUGUUGAUUUGCAAAGUUUAUUAGAGGAUAGAAUAAGCGUUUCUAAUAAUAUGGCAGCUGCUCAAAUCAAAUUAAAUCUAUUUGAUCAAGCUUUAAACUCUUUAGAGCUUGUUUUAAAAUGUCAACCUGAAAAUGUUAAAGCACUCUUCAGAAAAGCUAAAGUAUAUAAAGCUAAAAAUGAACUUCCAAUGGCUCUAAAGUAUUUACAAAAAGCUAACGAAAUUGCUCCAGACGAUCAGGAUAUUAUAAAAGAAAUCAGUACUUUAGGGGGAUUAAUCAAAAAGCAGAAAGUUUCUGAAAAACAGUUAGCUCAAAGAAUGUUUAAUUUAAAAGAUAAUGAUGAUAAGAAAAAGUUGGUAAAAAGUAAUAGAUCAAGAUUUCAAAUGUGGACAGUGUUUGGUGUAAGUGUAAUGGUAACUUUGGCAAGCAUAGCAGCAUAUAAGUUCAAGUAUAUGUAAAAACUCAAAAUAAAAUAAGUAAAAAAAGGUGAAGUUUUUAAAAAGAAGUAGCAUCUUGGGUGCAUUUACAUUGUAUUCCUUUUCAAACUUUUGUUUUUCUUUUUUUGUUACUAAAUAAACGUUUGUACAUUUUAAAAAGGA